CGCACGCCACACAACAGCUGAGAUACGUGUUCACACGGUGACGUUGACUAAAAUAAUUUCUACAUGUUCUAAUUUUUUGUUAUAUAUUUUAUAGAUAACAUUAGCAAUAAAUUUAGGUAUUAGUAGUUUUUUUAAAUUAAAAAUGUGGGCAGAUACGGUGUUAAUUGUAUUUAUAAGUGUUUGUACAGCUCUACUAGGAGAAGGUCUAACGUGGCUCAUGGUAUACAGAACUGAAAAAUAUCAAAAGCUCAAAACUGAAGUUGAAAAACAGAGUAAAAAAUUGGAAAAGCGUAAGGAAGCACAUGGAGACUCACUAGACAAGCAGCAGAAGAAAAAAAUAGAAAGAGAAGAAGAAAGGCUGAAGAAUAAUAACCGUGAUCUGUCGUUAGUUAAAAUGAAAUCAAUGUUUGCAAUUGGUUUCGCUUUUACAGCAUUGCUCAGUAUGUUUAAUAGUAUAUUUGAUGGAAAAGUUGUUGCCAAAUUACCAUUUGUUCCAAUCACUUGGAUUCAAGGACUGUCACAUAGAAAUUUACCGGGUGAUGAUUUCACAGAAUGCUCAUUUAUUUUUCUCUAUAUUUUAUGUACCAUGAGUAUUAGACAGAAUAUCCAAAAAUUACUUGGAUUCGCACCGUCAAGAACAGCCAGCAAACAAAGUGGGAGUAUAUUCGGGCCACCACCUCAACAAUUUAAAUAAAAUAAAAAGCAUUAACUCUCUAAAAAAAAAA